AUGAGCAAUUUCCGCCCCUUCGAAACUGCCUAUAAAAAGGCCAUCUCCAACAAUCGUCGCCCACGAGAUGCCGUGCAAUAUGCGCUCAACAAGUACGUUGUGCAUAUGACCGAAGAGCUUAAUCUCCACGCUGACGCAGAAAUGCGAGAAUGCUUCGUAGACGAAGCGUUUGAGAUUUAUUGCGAUGGGCGCAAUGCUCAUGACACUCAUGAUGAUGCGGCCAGCGCAGCUACCAAGUACAUCGAGCGAGAACUCAAAGACGCAGAUUCAGGACGUGAGUCUUGUAGUAGUGGUAGUAGCUAUUGGUCCCAGGAUGAGUCUCGUAGUGGUGGGAGUAGCUCCCGAUGGUCUUCGUCUCAGGGUGAGUCUUGUGGUAGUGGAAGUAGCUCUUCGUCUCAGGAUGAGGGGUCCUCUGGCACUAGAGGAAAGCCUGUAUACAACUACAAUGAUCCUAGGAACAACAACUCUGGUUCUAGUGCUCGUAGUAAGCCAGCCUACAACUAUGACGAUCCUAGAAACUUUCAACCUUCUAGUAGCACGCGCGCUAAAACUGCGUACAACUCCGAGGAUUCGUAUGAGUCGUAUUCAGAGCCUCGUCGUGGCUCUGAGCACGGUUCCUGUGGAUGUAGGAAAGAUUCUGCAUCCCGAUCGCGAGGCGAACCUCUGUUCGAUUGCGAAGACAUGUUUGACACGUUGCCUAGGGCCGGUCGCGGAUUUUGUCAUUGUAGGAAAGAUAGAGGACAUUCUCGUCACGAAUCAUAUACUUCGAGCUAUGAAGAGACUCGCUCAUCCAUGCCCCAUGCCCAGGGAGUUAGAUCUGAGCGUGAUAGUUUUCACAAUCAUUCAAACUCGCACGACGGACGUUCAAACGGACAAUGGCUACCUAUGCCCGCUGGUUUCGGGCGCUUCGAAUUUCCUUCGCCAAUCUUUACAAAAGGACGCAGUAACGGAUUUUCGUUCUUUUCAACGCAUGAAUUCCGCCCUACUGAUCAUGGUAGCCAUAACACACGCGAGAGCCGCCCUUCUCACCACGGCGAGCAUGAUACACGCAAGUCCCGACCCACUGAGGGCGGACACAACACCCGUGAGUUCAAACCCAGCUGGUAUGGUAGCGACAACCCACAUUCAUCUCGCCCCUCCCAGUCCCAUGCACAACCCCGCCAUUCCCACAAAUCACCUCGAUCCUCUGAGUAUGGUCAUGAGUAUACAUCGACCCGCGCACCACCUCCCCGCCCCUCCUCUCACAACACACGCAGCAAUCCUCCGCACGACUCCGAGCCUAUCGGUAUCAAGUCCCUCACGUGCUUUUACGCCAUUCUCGGCAUUUCCCGCACCUCCACGCCUAACGAGAUCAAAGCCGCGUAUCGCAAGAUGAGCAUGAAGCACCAUCCAGAUCGUGUUACUGGCGCGGACAAGGAGAAAGCUACGGCAAAGAUGGCGGAGAUCAAUCAGGCUAACGAUGUCCUGAGUGAUGUGGUAAACCGACAGUUUUACGAUAGAACGGGGUGUUUGCCUGGAUUAGGCUAG